CUCCUUCCCCUGCUGUGAGAAACAGCAGUCAGGGUACAGCAACAGCAACAGUCUGUGAGCUCUGCAUCUCUCCCUCCAUCUCUCCUGUCACCUGUUCCUCUCCCCCUGCUGCGUUCUGCUGGACUUCUGAUACCCUCGGACCUCCCGAGGUGAGAGUCACCCUGAUGACGGUUCGCCGAGGGGAUAAAGUUCCCAUCAGUAUCCAGGAGCACAUGGCUAUAAAUGUGUGCCCGGGGCCAAUUCGACCCAUCCAGCAAAUCUCUGACUACUUCCCCAGAUACACACCAUGGCCGGAGGGCACGGCAUCACCAACUGGUCCUCCUCGCAGCCUCUCACCCCUUAAUAUACCAGUCCCAUCAGCUGAUCCAGGCGCAGACUCUACAGAAUUGGACAACUAUGACUCCGAUGAUGGCACAGCCCUGGGAACGCUGGAAUUUGAAUUACUUUACGAGGAAGAUAAAUGCAUCUUACAGUGCUGUAUUCUUAGAGCAAAGGGCCUGAAACCAAUGGACUUCAAUGGAUUAGCUGAUCCGUACGUGAAGAUACAUCUCCUCCCGGGAGCCUGCAAGGCCAACAAGCUGAAGACUCGUACUGUGAGGAAUACCUUGAAUCCCACAUGGAACGAGAGCCUGACCUAUUGUGGGAUCACCCAUGAAGACAUGGGCAAGAAGGUCCUACGAAUCUCCGUGUGUGACGAGGACAAACUCAGCCAUAAUGAGUUCAUCGGAGAGACGCGGGUUCCCCUCCGCCGACUGAAACCCGGACAGAGAAAGCAUUUCAAUAUAUGUCUGGAACGACAGAUCCCGUUGCCAUCCCCCUCCUCCAUGUCUGCAGCUCUGCGAGGAAUCUCCUGUUACCUGAAGGAGCUGGAGCGCUGUCAGGAGUGGGAGCUGGAGGAACGGGGGAGGAUCCUUCUGUCUUUAACAUACAGUGCGGAGCGAGGAGGAUUGGUGGUGGGAAUCGUACGCUGCGCUCACCUCGCUGCCAUGGACGUCAAUGGAUUUUCUGAUCCCUACGUUAAAACGUACCUAAAGCCGGAUGAAGAAAAAAAGUCCAAACACAAAACAGCUGUCAAGAAGAAGACUUUGAACCCCGAGUUUAAUGAGGAAUUCUUCUAUAAGAUCGGUCAGGUUGAACUGCACAAGAGGAGUCUGGAGGUGACUGUGUGGGAUUACGACCUUGGAAAAUCCAAUGACUUCAUAGGGGGAGUCACCCUGGGAAUUAAUUCCAAGGGUGAGUGUUUGAAGCACUGGAUGGAGUGUCUCUCAUCCUCCAAUCAGAGAAUAGAGCACUGGCAUACACUAACUAAUGAGCUUCCAGGAUCCACUUACACUGACUGAAGGAUACAUCUUGGGUGAAGAACCAAGCAGAAGAACAAGAGAAGAUGGACCACACACUCUCACUCACACACAUUACUCACUACUUUAAUUCCUGGGCUGGGAGAUAAGUCAUAGGCACUUUAACAAUGUCGGGUUGACCAGGAAUUCAGCGUAUCAGUAGCUUGUUCCUGUCAUUGUUGGACCGAAUGGACUUGUCCUCCUGUCCUCCAAGAUCCCUCCAGACUGCCAGAGUCAGGGUGACCUCCAUCUCACUGCCAGCCUAUGACCAAGCACUUUGUGCCCAGAGGAGACAAACUGUUCUUUUACAAAAAGUGGGGUGACCUUCAAAGAUGGGGGAUAGACUCUCAGAACCUGCGGAUCUAUCUCAAUGGACCCAUCUCACAUAAUUUAGAAACGUAUGCCACAUUAGAUGGCCAGAUUUAAAAAAAGAAAAAAAAAAGAACUCAUUGAUUCUCAGUAUCCCCAAAGAGAUGUAGAAAUUACAAGUGUAUUACAAACCGGACACCAAAAUAGCCAAGCUGGGGAAAUAGCUGAAUAGUAAUUGAGAAUUAUCCGUAAUUUGGAGGGUUGUCAAAAAUUAGAAUUGUGC